GCUCCAACUUCCGGUGUAUCAUGAUGGCGGCUGUUCUGUGGUGAUAGAGGCUAGGGUGCUAUAACAGGGAAAAAUCUGAUUCUUUUAUUGGUAUUGUGAAAAAAUAAAAAUUGCAAAAAUAAAGAAAAUUAGGGGGUCGCUUUCCCGGCUGUCCCCGGUCGGAUAUGGCGGCUCAGAAACCGGCGGAAUGGGUCCAGGCCGUUAUUAACCGAUUUGACGAGCAGCUUCCAAUUAAAGCGGGACAGCAGAACACACAUACCAAAGUCAGCACAGAACACAACAAGGAAUGUCUCAUCAACAUUUCCAAAUACAAGUUUUCGAUGGUUAUUAGUGGCCUAACAAAUAUAUUAAAAAACGUAAACAACAUGAGAAUAUUUGGAGAAAUUGCAGAGAAAAAUUUAUACCUUUCACAGCUGAUUAUAUUGGACACGCUGGAGAAAUGUCUUGCAGGGCAGCCUAAGGAUUGUCUUCGCCUAGAUGAAACCAUGUUGGUAAAACAGCUGUUGCCAGAGAUCUGUCAUUUUAUUCACACCUACCGUGAUGGAAAUCAGCAUGCAGCUGAGCUUCGGAACUCUGCUUCUGGAGUACUCUUUUCCCUUAGCUGUAAUAAUUUCAAUGCAGUCUUCAGCCGCAUUUCGACCAGGUUACAAGAACUCACAGUUUGUUCAGAAGACAAUGCUGAUGUCCAUGAUAUUGAGCUCAUGCAGUACAUUAAUGUUGAUUGCUCAAAACUUAAGAGGAUAUUACAAGAAACAGUGUUAAAAUUUAAGGCCUUGAAGAAAGCAGCACAAAUUGGAGUAAUAAAUAGUAUUGAAAAGGCCUUUUGGAAUUGGGUGGAGAACUAUCCAGAUGAGUUUACGAUGCUAUACCAGAGACCACAGAGUGAUAUGGCAGACUUUGCUGAAAAGCUGUUUGACUUGGUUGACAAUUUUGCAGAUAAUACAAGGCGAAAGGCAGCAGUUUGGCCAUUGCAGAUAAUUCUUCUCAUUCUUUGUCCAGAAACUAUUCAGGAUAUUUCCAAGGAUGUGGUAGAAGAGAGCAAAAUGAAUAAGAAAAUGUUCCUGGAAAAUUUAAGAAAGGCUCUUGCAGGUCAUGGUGGUAGCAGACAGCUGACAGAAAGUGCAGCAAUUGCUUGUGUUAAACUGUGCAAAGCAUCCACAUACAUCAACUGGGAGGACAACUCUGUUAUCUUCUUGCUUGUUCAGUCCAUGUUUGCUGACCUCAAGAAUUUGCUUUUCAAUCCUAAUAAGCCAUUUUCUCGAAGUGGAAGCAAUCAGAGUGCUGAUGUGGAUUUAAUGAUAGACUGUUUUGUUUCCUGUUUUCGCAUAAACCCCAACAAUAAUCAGCACUUAAAGAUAUGCUUAGCAUCUUCCUCUCCAACAACCUUCCAUUAUGUGUUGGUGAAUUCUUUGCACAGAAUAAUUACAAACUCUACGCUGGAUUGGUGGCCCAAGAUCGAUGAAGUUUACAGUCAUGCAGAAGAGCUCCGUGCCAUGUUUGCUGACACAUUGAGUAGAGUAUUGCAGAGCUGUAAUACUCAUCCUACUAUACGCAUAACAGCGGCGAGUGCAUUUAUGGAAAAAGUGACAAGCCUCAAAUUUAAAGAAAAGCCCACAGAUAUGGAAACAAGAAAUUAUAAGUAUCUGCUGCUAUCACUCGUGAAACUUAUUCAUGCAGAUCCAAAGCUUAUGUUGUAUAAUCCUGGAAAGCCGGGGCAUGAAAUCCAGAGUAGCACAGCUGCACUUAUCAAAGGUUUCAAUAAGCUUGUUCCUCAGACCCACAUGACAGAAAUAGCACAGGAAGCAAUGGAGGCUUUGUUGGUUCUUCAUCAGUCAGAAAAUAUACAGCUGUGGAAUCCUGAUGCUCCUAUAGAGACCUUCUGGGAAAUAAGCUCACAGGUUCUGCUUUAUAUUUGCAAGACAUUAAUUGGCCAGCAGCUGGUAAAUAGCACUGAAAUCCUCAAAUGGCUACGGGAAAUUCUCAUCUGUCGGAACAAAUUCCUCCUGAAAAAUAAGGAGAAUGCUACAUUGGGCAGUGGGAUUCCUAACUGCCGCCAGGCUCAGACAACCCUGGAGGUUGUACUUUUUAUGUUCCUGUGGAACUCUGAUACUGAAGCAGUCCUUGUUUCUAUGUCCUGUUUUCGUCACCUCUGUGAGGAGGCAGAAAUCAGAUGUGGUGUGGAUGAUGUUCCUGUCCAGACAGUUUUGCCAAAUUACAGCACCUUUAUGGAGUUUGCAUCUUACAGUAACAUGGUGUCAACAGGUAGGGCAGCACUUCAGAAGAGAGUAAUGGCUCUGCUAAGACGGAUAGAACACCCUACUCCUGGCAGCACUGAGGCUUGGGAAGACACAUAUGCAAAGUGGGAUAUAGCUACAAAGUCAAUUCUGAACUACCCAAAGACAAAAAUUGAAGAUGGCCAGGCGAGUGACAGUCUGCAUAAGACUAUUGUUAAGCGUCGAAUGUCUCAUGUAAGUGGCUGUGGUUCUAUUGACUUGUGUGAUACAGACUCUCUGCAGGAGUGGAUCAACAUGACAGGAUUUCUGUGUGCUAUUGGCGGAGUAUGUUUACAGCAUCGCAGCAAUCCAGGUCUUGCAACCUACAGCCCACCAAUGGGGCCAUUCAGUGAACGUAAGGGAUCUAUGAUUUCUGUCAUGUCAGCCGAUGGAAAUGCCGAGAGCUCUGUUGGAAAAUUUUUGGACAGGUUACUGUCUUUAAUGGUGUGCAACCAUGAAAAACUUGGAAUACAGAUACGAACUAAUAUCAAAGAUUUAGUUGGUUUGGAAUUAAGCCCAGCUCUUUAUCCAUUGCUUUUUAACAAAUUGAAGAACAACAUUAGCAGAUUUUUUGACUCUCAAGGACAGGUUUUGUUAUCGGAUACCAACACGCAGUUUGUAGAGCAGACGAUUGCAAUUCUGAAGAACUUGCUUGAUAAUCACACUGAAGGUAGUUCUGAGCACCUUGGACAGGCUAGUAUUGAAACAAUGAUGCUCAAUCUGGUCAGGUAUGUUCGUGUUUUGGGAAACUUGGUUCCUGCAAUUCAAAUUAAAACUAAGCUGUGUCAGCUGGUGGAAGUCAUGAUGCAGCGACGGGAUGAUCUCUCUUUCUGUCAAGAGAUGAAAUUCAGGAAUAAGCUGGUAGAAUAUCUGACAGACUGGGUUAUGGGAACAUCCAAUCAGGCUGCAGAUGAAGAUGUGAAGUGCUUGACAAGGGAUUUAGACCAGGCAAGCAUGGAAGCAGUGGUGUCCUUACUUGCUGGAUUGCCUUUGCAGCCAGAGGAGGGUGACGGUGUUGAACUUAUGGAAGCCAAAUCUCAGCUUUUUUUGAAGUAUUUCACCCUUUUUAUGAAUUUGUUAAAUGACUGCAGUGAAGUUGAAGAUGAAAAUCCACAAACAGGUGGAAGAAAGCGAGGCAUGUCUCGACGGCUGGCUUCUUUACGGCACUGCACUGUUUUAGCAAUGUCAAAUUUGCUAAAUGCUAAUGUAGAUAGUGGCCUUAUGCAUUCAAUUGGCUUAGGGUAUCAUAAAGAUCUUCAGACUCGUGCUACAUUCAUGGAAGUCUUGACUAAAAUCCUUCAGCAGGGAACAGAAUUUGAUACGCUUGCAGAAACCGUACUUGCUGAUCGGUUUGAGAGGUUGGUUGAGUUAGUUACCAUGAUGGGUGACCAAGGAGAGCUGCCUAUUGCCAUGGCACUGGCUAAUGUGGUACCUUGUUCACAGUGGGAUGAAUUGGCUCGUGUGUUGGUUACUCUGUUUGAUUCACGACAUCUCCUUUACCAGUUGCUUUGGAACAUGUUUUCCAAGGAGGUGGAGUUGGCGGAUUCCAUGCAGACACUUUUCAGAGGCAACAGCUUGGCCAGUAAAAUAAUGACUUUCUGCUUCAAGGUAUAUGGUGCUACAUACCUGCAGAAGUUGUUGGAACCUUUGUUGAGGGCUUUGAUUACUGGUCCUGAGUGGCAGUGUUACAGCUUUGAGGUGGAUCCUACAAGACUGGAAGCUACAGAAAGCUUAGAAGAAAACCAGCGGAACCUCCGACAGAUCACAGAGAAGUUUUUCCAAGCAAUUAUUCAUUCAGCAUCUGAGUUCCCUCCUCAGCUGAGAAGUGUCUGUCACUGUUUAUAUCAGGCAACUUGCCACUCCCUACUGAAUAAAGCUACCGUAAAAGAAAAAAAGGAAAACAAAAAAUCAGUUGUCAGCCAACGCUUUCCUCAGAACAGCAUUGGUGCAGUGGGCAGUGCUAUGUUUUUAAGGUUCAUCAAUCCAGCAAUCGUGUCACCCUAUGAGACAGGAAUCUUGGAGAAAAAACCUCCUCCUAAAAUUGAAAGGGGACUGAAAUUGAUGUCAAAGAUUUUGCAAAGUAUUGCCAACCAUGUUCUGUUUACAAAGGAGGAGCACAUGCGUCCUUUUAAUGACUUUGUUAAAGCAAACUUUGAAGCUGCCCGAAGGUUUUUUCUGGAUAUUGCCUCUGACUGUCCAGCUAGUGAUACAGUUAAUCACAGCCUGUCCUUUAUCAGUGAUGGCAAUGUGCUUGCUUUGCAUCGUUUACUUUGGAACAAUCAGGAAAAGAUUGGACAAUAUCUGUCCAGUAACAGGGACCACAAGGCCGUAGGAAGAAGACCUUUUGAUAAAAUGGCUACACUGCUUGCCUAUCUAGGUCCUCCUGAGCAUAAACCUGUGGCAGACACCCAUUGGUCAUCUCUUAAUCUUACCAGUUCCAAAUUUGAGGAAUUUAUGACUCGGCAUCAAGUCCAUGAAAAAGAAGAAUUCAAAGCACUGAAAACCUUAAAUAUAUUUUACCAGGCUGGCACAUCUAAAGGAGGGAAUCCAGUGUUUUACUAUAUUGCAAGAAGAUUUAAGACUGGACAAAUCAACGGUGAUUUGCUAAUCUAUCAUGUGUUGCUAACACUGAAGCCAUACUAUGCUAAGCCAUAUGAGAUUGUUGUGGAUCUUACCCACGCUGGACCAAGCAAUCGGUUCAAAACUGACUUUCUUUCCAAGUGGUUUGUUGUUUUUCCUGGCUUUGCUUAUGAAAAUGUGGCAGCAGUAUACAUUUACAACUGUAACUCCUGGGUGAGAGAGUACACCAAGUAUCAUGAGCGACUACUUACUGGCCUGAAGGGUAGCAAGAAGCUUGUGUUUAUUGACUGUCCAGGCAAGCUGGCAGAGCAUGUUGAUCCAGACAUGCAGAAGCUUCCUGCCGCUACAUUAGCUUUAGAAGAAGAUCUGAAAGUAUUUCAUAAUGCUCUUAAGCUGGCCCACAAGGAUACUAAGGUCUCAAUUAAGGUUGGAUCGACAGCAGUUCAGGUGACAUCUGCAGAACGGACGAGAGUCCUGGGGCAGUCUGUGUUUCUGAAUGAUAUUUACUAUGCCUCUGAGAUUGAAGAAAUCUGCCUUGUAGAUGAGAACCAAUUUACCUUAACCAUUGCCAACCAGGGCACACCACUAACUUUCAUGCAUCAAGAGUGUGAGGCUAUUGUUCAGUCUAUAAUUCACAUUAGAACUCGGUGGGAACUGUCACAACCAGACUCCAUACCACAGCACACAAAAAUCCGACCUAAGGAUGUCCCAGGAACACUGUUGAAUAUUGCAUUACUUAAUCUUGGGAGUUCGGAUCCAAGUUUACGCUCUGCUGCCUAUAAUCUUCUAUGUGCCUUAACCUGCACCUUCAAUUUAAAGAUUGAGGGUCAGUUACUAGAGACAUCAGGUCUGUGCAUCCCAGCCAACAAUACUCUCUUCAUUGUCUCCAUCAGUAAGACACUAGCGGCUAACGAGCCACACCUUACCUUGGAGUUUCUGGAAGAAUGCAUUUCAGGUUUUAGCAAAUCUAGUAUUGAACUGAAGCACCUUUGUCUAGAGUAUAUGACUCCAUGGUUGUUAAAUCUUGUACGGUUUUGCAAGCUCACUGAUGAUGCCAAACGCCAGAGAGUUACUGCUAUCCUUGACAAGCUGAUCACAAUGACCAUUAAUGAGAAACAAAUGUAUCCGUCUAUACAGGCAAAAAUCUGGGGAAGCCUUGGACAGAUUACAGAUCUUCUAGAUGUGGUUUUGGACAGCUUCAUUAAGACUAGUGCCACAGGUGGCUUGGGUUCUAUAAAAGCUGAAGUUAUGGCUGAUACCGCUGUAGCUUUGGCAUCUGACAAUGUGAAGCUAGUAUCUAGCAAGGUGAUUGGAAGAAUGUGUAAAAUAAUUGACAAGACCUGUUUGUCUCCAACCCCCACAUUAGAACAGCAUCUAAUGUGGGAUGAUAUAGCUAUUCUUGCUCGUUACAUGCUUAUGCUGUCUUUCAAUAACUCCCUGGAUGUUGCGGCACAUCUACCCUACCUCUUCCAUGUGGUCACUUUACUAGUAGCUACUGGACCUUUGUCUCUAAGAGCUUCCACACAUGGCUUGGUUAUCAACAUCAUUCACUCCCUUUGCACAUGCUCACAGCUAAAUUUCUGUGAAGAAACCAAGCAAGUAUUGAGGCUUAGUCUAACAGAGUUCUCAUUGCCCAAGUUUUACUUGCUGUUUGGAAUCAGUAAAGUUAAAUCUGCAGCUGUAAUAGCAUUUCGUUCCAGCUAUCGUGAUCGAUCAUUUUCACCUGGUUCCUAUGAAAGAGAGACCUUUGCUCUAACUUCAUUAGAGACUGUCACAGAAGCUUUGCUGGAGAUAAUGGAGGCUUGCAUGAGAGACAUCCCCGGGUGCAAGUGGUUGGACCAGUGGACGGAAUUGGCACAAAAGUUUGCAUUUCAGUAUAAUCCAUCUUUGCAACCCCGGGCUCUUGUCGUCUUUGGUUGCAUCAGUAAAAGAGUGACACAUGGGCAAAUCAAACAGAUUAUCCGAAUUCUCAGCAAGGGUCUGGAGAGCUGUUUGAAAGGGCCUGAUAACUACAAUAGCCAAGUCUUGAUAGAAGCCACUGUCAUAGCAUUGACAAAACUACAGCCACUUUUGAACAAGGACUCUCCCAUGCACAAAGCUCUUUUCUGGGUGGCAAUUGCAGUUUUGCAGUUGGAUGAAGUUAACCUGUACUCAGCAGCAACAGCACUUCUGGAACAGAACUUGCAUACUUUAGACAGCCUUAUGAUCUUCAAUGAUAAGAGCCCAGAGGAGGUCUUUAUGGAAAUAAGACGACCACUAGAAUGGCACUGCAAGCAGAUGGAUCAUUUUGUGGGCCUCAAUUUCAACUCUAACUUCAACUUUGCACUAGUUGGACACCUUUUGAAAGGUUACAGGCAUCCCUCUCCUACCACUGUAGCAAGGACUGUAAGAAUACUGCACACUCUACUGUCCCUGGUUAACAAGCAUCGAAACUGUGACAAAUUUGAAGUAAAUACACAAAGUGUGGCAUAUCUUGCAGCUUUGCUUACUGUGUCUGAAGAAGUGAGAAGUCGCUGUAGCCUAAAGCACAGAAAAUCUCUUCUGCUUUCUGACAUUUCUAUGGAAAACGUUCCUAUGGAUACUUAUCCUAUACAUCAUAGUGACCCCACAUGCAGAACUCUAAGAGAAAGUCAACCAUGGGCUUCUCCAAAGGCCUCGGACAGGCAUCUUGCUGCUAGUUAUCCAAUAGUAGGUCAGAUCAGUCCCAGAACUCGUAAGUCCAUGAGUCUGGACAUGGGACAGCCUUCCCCUAACACCAAAAAGCUGCUAGGUACAAGAAAAAGUUUUGAUCACUUGAUAUCGGACACUAAACCUACUAAAAGACAAGAGGUAGAAUCUGGUAUCACAACUCCACCCAAAAUGAGGAGAGUAGCAGAGACUGAUUAUGAAAUGGAAACUCAAAGGAUAACAUCUUCCCAGCAGCAUCCUCACCUAAGGAAGGUAUCUGUCUCUGAGUCAAAUGUGCUGCUAGAUGAGGAGGUGCUCACAGAUCCCAAAAUUCAAGCUUUGCUGCUCACUGUUCUUGCUACAUUGGUAAAGUACACUACAGAUGAAUUUGAUCAGCGGAUCCUUUAUGAAUAUUUAGCUGAGGCCAGUGUUGUCUUCCCCAAAGUUUUUCCAGUUGUGCACAAUUUACUGGAUUCAAAGGUUAAUACCCUUCUUUCACUGUGCCAAGACCCCAAUUUAUUGAAUCCAAUUCAUGGUAUUGUUCAGAGUGUUGUUUAUCAUGAAGAGUCUCCACCGCAGUACCAGCCAUCGUACCUGCAGAGUUUUGGUUUCAAUGGGUUAUGGAGGUUUGCUGGACCAUUUUCAAAGCAAACACAGAUUCCUGACUACGCUGAGCUUAUAGUGAAGUUUCUUGAUGCCUUGAUUGACACCUACCUGCCAGGGAUAGACGAAGAGACAAGUGAAGAAUCUUUGCGAACACCAACAUCUCCCUACCCUCCUCCUGCCCAGAGCCAGCUUAGCAUUACUGCUAACCUUAACCUGUCUAAUUCCAUGACUUCACUUGCAACAUCCCAACAUUCUCCAGCACCACUGCCUUGCUCUAAAUCAGCAGUUUUCAUGCAGCCAAUCCCUCAUCAAGGGAUUGAUAAGGAAAAUGUGGAGCUUUCACCUACUACCGGACAUUCAAACAGUGGACGGACACGACAUGGAUCUGCAAGCCAAGUACAGAAACAAAGAAGUACUGGAAGUUUCAAGCGACACAGCAUUAAGAAGAUUGUUUGAAGCUUUAUUUCGAGAAACUGUGGACUUAACUAGUUAUAAUGGGCUUCUCACUAGUGACCCUGACCAGUUAUAAUGCUGCACUUAAUUUUAACGUUCCCAUACAGUCAGCCAUGUUGCCUGACGAUCAACUCUUGAAGCAUUGCCUGAACUUAAUAAUGCCUUUUUUCCUUGUUUUAAGCCAGCGUUUUACAACAUUCUAAAAGACAUUUUUACUUUGUUAUAUAUGAGGUUUCAAAAGGAAGAUUUAUUUUAGCUGAAGGAAGCACUGAAAUUCUUCAACUCUGCAGUAGCUGUCCGAAUAUGGAAGCCAUUAUGAAUGGACAGCCUCAGUUCUGUAAUUUGCCUUGUAUAUUUUAAGGGAAAGUGUUAAAAUUUAAAUGAGUUUGCAUACUUUUCACAUAAAAAUUACAAAACAUUUUUUUUGAUGAAAAGAAUACAAACGUAGUUUUCAUGAAAAACUAAUGACUUUUAGCUGUGGAAUUUAAUUGUUAGUAAAUAUUGCCAAAUAUUUUAGAACUCCUUACUCAGUGCUGCUAAGCACAGUGUGCAAAUUACAACUAGCAGAGAUUAUCACAUUUCAUGACUGAGUGUGGUUGCUGGCACUGUAAUUCUGAUAUGUUUUGGGUAAUUUAAUUUAUAGCAGAACUACAUCUUUGUCAGGUAAUGUGCAACCUGAUUAUUAAAUGAAGAAUUCUCCCAAAUUUAAAAACAUAGCCUUCUUUUCAGCAUAAGAAAAAUGUAAAGUAGGAUGGAAAGUCCAAGUUGGCCUUAAAUGUGCAAUGAGGCAGUUAUUUAGGCAUAGCUACACAGUGUUAAAAGCUGUUUUAUUGGUACUGUAUUGCAAAAAAAAAAAAUAAUCUUGUAGUAAAAUAUUUUCCAAUAUGCUCAUGCUUGUAAAUUAACUUUGUCCAACUGUGAUUUUUUUAAGAAAAAAGCCAGAUGUAAGGUUUGUAUUUUUGCCAUCAGUGAAUUAAUAAGUCAACUCCCUUAGUGACAUUAGGCAGUUGUGAGAAAAUGCUGCUACAUCCUUUUUGAGUACACUAAUUUGUAUAGCAUUACCUGGAACUGCUGGUGAUGUAGAUUUGUUAGCAUACUACCAGAACUUUCAUUCACUUGAACAUUCUUGCUGUCAUAGUUAUUAUUUUGUCUUAGCUAUUAAAAUGGCCUUUACAGUGAAUGGUUGCAAAACUUAAUUUUCUUAAAUAAAGGAAGUAAUUGUGAAACUACUUGGAAUUAAAAAAAAAAAAGUUUUCAGCGCCUUGACAGCAUAUUAAAUUCCACAGCUAAAUUAGAGAGUUAAGUAUAGCACAUUAGUAUACAUUACUUCACAAAGUAACAGUUUAUUAAUGUAAAUAAAAUGCCUUUAUUUUAUUGAUUCAGAAGGUAACAGCUUAAUUUUUGAAUUUGUUUACAGUCCUGAAAAAAACUAUGAAAACAAGCCUAAUAUGCAAAUAGUUUGCCAAAAUACACUUUAAAUAUAGUAUUAGCAGCUGUCUCACAACAACUAUAAUCUUAGAUGAUUGGAAGUAUUGAAAGUGUGUGCAAACAAAACAUUUUGAGGUAGGAGGAACACAUAAAAGCUGCCAUAGAAGAUUAUUGAAAUAGUAUGUGAUAGAGGUAAAAAUUACAACUGCACUUAGAAAUAGAACAGUGACACAUUGACAGACACCAAAUGCCAUUUUCUAUUUGUAUAGUUUGACAUUAACAUUCAAAAGGUAGGCAGAAACCAACAGUUUUCUAAGUGAAGUCAGAGUCAACAUAUAUAAUGAAGUUGAAGUACAGUUCAGAUCCAUCAGUGCAGACCUUGACUGUUCAUUACCAAGACAUUGUUUCAGCAGACUUUUUUUGAAUGGCCAUCUUAAAUCUGCAGCAUAUAGUUCCAUACUUUGAAAGCAUCAUAUCCAGCACUUCAUAAAUAGCCUGCAUUAGGUGGACUGGAAAUUCUGACAUAUGUUUUUUAGCAGUCUGACAUUUACAAGACAAAAAAAAGAUAACUUUUCCAUAGCUGCUUAACACUGUGUGACUGACAUAAUUUCCAAGUGUUAUAAACACUAAUUCAUAUUUGCAUUGUAGUGUUCCACACAGCUACCCUCCAACUGUUGGGGAACACAUCUUGAGUUGGGUACACAAACACUACAUGUAUUCUGCAGUGGAGGACACGUUGAUAAAACUUUGUAAGGUACACAUACAUCUAAAGGCUGGCACUGCUGUUAUUUUUUAACCACCAGAGUAUGUAUCUGAAAUCCAGUCACUGGCAUGAGAUUUGAUUUGCAUUGUAACACUUAUUGCUUAAUAUAUGUAUUCCCUUUUGUAAAUUGACCAUCCAUUUGGUUGAAUGCUGGCAUCUGGGACCGGGAGUCCAUCUGCACUGCUGCAGUCCUGGUUUAAUGAAUAAGCUUAGGGUUACUUUGGUGAGAUUGCUUCAGUUUUCUGGAGCAGUUAUGACUUCUGGAAAGCUUCCUUCUCUUGAUUCUUUUUAAAAUGGCACCUAACAGUGGCUUUGUGAACCUGUUGUGCAAGAGGCAUAUUGUUUAGGCAUAGUUGGCACAAGGUGCUGAAAACACUUAUGUCGCAUAGGUGAGCAUAAUAAGGCAGAAUAAUGAUCCUGCCCCUCCAAUGAUGAUACUACCCAGACAUAGCUACCAGUGUCCACUGUAGUGGUAGCCAGCUGUUAAUACCGUGAAGGGCAGUAGCAGAUCUGUGUACAUUUGGAUAGCCUGCUGCUUACAUCACAGUAGGGUGAAGAAAAGAAUGUUGCAAAAACAUGAAGUUAGUUUUCUUGAGUAUGUAUUCAAUGGGUAGUUUUACCUGUAGACUACAUGGAACAAGACCACUUUGAUGCAGCUAUGUCGAGCAAAGUGCCGUAUGCAGAUAAUUUAAGAACCCUUCCAAAAUGGAUGACUUUCUGCACUCUUAACGACAUUCCUUCUUUACCUUUUCUUUCUGGCCCCAGUUCACAGUCCUUAAGAGGUAAAAAUCUCUGCAGUAAUGGGAAGGAAUACUUUUACAGCAUCUUUAGACUGAACCCAUUAAUGUUUUUAGGAAGUAGGGGUGUGUGUGUGUGUGUGUGUGUGGUGGGAGGGCUAAGAAUCCAGACAAUCAUAUGGUAGAGUCAAGGUUUUUUUAAUAUGCACUUACUGCAUCUCCCAAAUAAUUUGGAAUACAGCAACAGAAUGGUGCUGUACCACACGCUUGUUCUUGCGACACUAGGCAUAUGCUUUAGACUUAAGCUAGUGUAAUUCUUAACUCCACCUGGAUGCUGCCACUAUUUUUAUCCUGCACCCUCCUUUGAGAUAAAACAACUCAUAUUUUGGUGGCCAUUCUUGUGGUGCCCAGUAUGCUAACCAACCCCUAGUUGUUUUCUGCAUAGACCAGUAAGCUGGAUUAAGUGAAAGUAUACCAGUAAGAAGACGAUUUUUAAUAUGCUGUUUUUAGAUAGUAAGAUUCCAGAAAUGAGUAUUUCAUUUGUCUUGCUUUUAUUACACAUUAAUCUAAAAUGUUAACACUUUCAGAGUACAUUAAUUUGUAUUAUGUUCUGGAUAAUUUAUUUCCUAACUAGAGGUAAACAUAAAUACAUAUGCAUAACUUGAAUAUAACUUAAACAGAAAUCAUGAAGUACUGCGCCUUUAGACAAAAAUGUUGCCCCAUAUUCAAAAAAUGCAUAUUAGUUGGUACUAAUUUUCUAAGUAUUAUAGACUAUGGCUUUUGGAAAGUGUCAUUGCUCUAUUCCUAAUUUUCCCAGAUUUUUUUUAUUUUUAUUUUUUUUUUAUUUUUGAGUUUAUGUGUAUUUUUCCUCGAGUUUGCAAACUUGAAGCAUGUCUUACUCAAUGUUAUGCAACAGACUUUAUCACAAAAAGUCACUUUUAGUGUUGGCCACAGAUUUUUUUUUACUGCAGUAAUUUCACUUGUAAAUAGUUUUGUGUAAAAUUUGACAGAAAAGUAUAUUUACUGCACUGUAAAUACAUGUGAUGAUAUAUAUUGUAUUAUUUUGUUUUUGUAAAGCAGUUAGUUGCUGUACAUGUAUAACAUACAAAUUUGAUUAUCUAGUGUUAGUAAUGUUAACUUCUUUUUCUGUCUCUGACCACUGAGUUAUGUGUCAUUUAAAAAAAACAUUGCAGUGUACUAUAAUUUACACUAUGUAUGAUAAAAGUACUAUUGCCAUCUGA